UCCCAUAAUAGCUUCACUACACUACAAUCGACCCUGAUUCGUCCGAUGCAAGCUAUGGUCCGUACUCAAGCUUGAUUCACUGUUGAGCAAACACCCGCGCAAGACCAACUCUUUCGUCCCCGAGAAUCCACUGUCUUUUAUCCCUGCUCCAUCAGUACUCGCAGGCAUUCGUUUGCAAAUCAUCACCUCGUCGGCAAUUUCCGCAACAAAGAGCGUUUGUUUACAAAAUGGGACGAUUGAGCUAUCCCGCCCAGAUGGACAGCCCGUCGAGGCAACUCGUCUUGGACUUGGCUCGGGACCUCGAACAGCUUCGUGUCCACAACACCGAACUGAAGAAGGUCAAAGCCUACGAACGCCGCUCAUUUUACGAGAGCCUUGACCGCAUCGACAGCGAACUCGAAGCUCAGCACCAUGCAGCCCUGGAUAAGGUCGCUGCCCUACAUGAUCAGGUUUUGGAGGAGGCAGAGGAGACCUUGCGCGAGCAUCAGCGAGCGGUGGAAGAGGAGAACCGUAUGAGAGAGGAGGAGGCUCGGAAAGAAGCGCAGCGCAUAGAGCGUGAAAAGGCAGAAAAGUUGCGACGAGAGCAGGAGGAGGCUGCGCGACGAGAGGCCGAGCGAAAGGCAGCGGAAGAAGCAAAGAAGAAGGCGGAAGAAGAGGCAGAAAGAAAGAGAAAGGCAGCACAGGAGGAACAGCAGAGGAAGGAGCGAGAAAGAUUAGAGGAGGAGAAUCGAAAGCGCCAAGCAGAGGCACAAAGAGCGGAAAAAGAGGCAUCGCAACGCCAAGCAGAAGCCGCAGAAAAGGCACAGGCCCAGCGACAGCGACAAAUUGGCGGCGGCCGUCUGACGCAAGAGGAGAUCAAGGUGCAAGCACGCUAUGUCGAAUUGCACCAGCACCUGAAAAAGUUCCGGCAGUAUUUGAAGGACCAGGGGAAAACCAACGCCCUGGUGAAGCAGAACAUGGGGGACAUGCGGCGGUCGAUCAAGAAGAGUGUUGGUCAGCUACGUGAAGGCAAGGGUGCCAACAAAGUUCAGCUUCAAGAAAUCCGAACGACGCUCGAGAAGGCAGCCUCUAUUCCGGAACCGUCGGUGGACAUCCGCCAAUUCCUUGCAUUCCCUCCGGAGGACAUCGCCAAUUCCGAUGACAACAAGGUUCCAGCCCUGCUGAUCUAUGCUCUCAACAUCUUCUCUAAAUGCAUGAUCUCGUCUCUGAUCACGGAGGCCUCGAUCAACUUGGGCCAUGCGGAGCCGGUCGGUAUCGUUGCGGCACAGAUAUUCUCCGCGGACGCCUUUAUCUACAAGGGGCACCACAUGGUGGACAUCUUACUGGCGAAGUACCGUGUCGUUUGCCCGGCCCUGUGGGGAUUCUACGGCAAUGAAAAGACAGAAGCGGGCCGGCGUGCCGUAGGUUGGUGGCGGGAGGGCCCAGAUGGGCCUUACAUUAGUGAACAGGGCCAUGCAGACCGUAUGACAGCUCUCGGGGCCGGCUAUGCUGCCCUGACACUGCGCAAUUUCGGCAAAACCACGCGCAAGAACCCGUUCCCGAACACCAUGUUUUGGUUUACCAUGCACAAAAUCUUGUCGAUUCCUCCUGGGGAGAUCCAAGACACCCAUAUCACCCUCCUUUCCUCCAUGUUGAAAUCCUCGGCGGAGAGAAUAGUCGGAUUCUUCGGGCAUGUCGGGCUUGCACUGAUGAGGAAGGCUAUAGUCGAUUUACCGAACAGCCUGCCCCGUCAAAGCAUGAGCGUCAACCAGCUAAAACUUCUGAGGGACUUGUACAAACGCGAGAAGAACAUCAUCCUCUGAGGGUCGGUCGCACGAGCAUUUGUUUGUUGCACCAAGUCCCUUCUUUGCCGCUGGUCUCAUCACUCGAGACCCAGGUGGCUCCACAUGAGCUGUCGUCAUGUUUCUAGACCGUCGGAUCCGUUGCCGCGCAUCCUAUGAUCCCUGCAUGGUGUGACAGCCUGUCAAGCCGACCGAGUUUCUCCCGGAGUUGCACCACGACCGACUGGGCUGAUAUCCAGCCCUGAUAAAGAUGAAGUUGGGCAGCGCUGGCACCGAUGAGACGGUCGCCGUCAACAAACCAGGGUGAUAGACUCGAUUUCUCUACACCACUUCGCUGGC